AUGAAACCUGCCUGUGUUCAGAAUUAUAAUGAAAAUAUGGGAGCAAUCGAUUUAGUUGAUAUGCAAUCAAGUUUUACAGAAUGCAUUAGAAAAACAAUAAAAUGGUAUAAGAAGUUAUUUUUCCAUAUAGUUGAUAUGGCUUCAAUCAAUGCUUUUCAUUUAUAUAAAACGAAAAAUUCGAAGAAUAUUCAACUGAGAGACUUUCGUCUUCAACUGAUAAAAAAUAUUCUAUCAAAGUAUGGUAUCCAAAAACGAAUUUCUAUCGGCAGACCAACAAUUGAUUUACCACUACGUUUAUCUGCUAGACAUUUUCCAUCACUUGUUCCUCCUACUACCUCAAAUGCUGCUGCGCAGAGAAAAUGUUAUGUAUGCUCUCAUACAAAAAAAGAUGAAAAAUCGGCCAAAUAUACAAGAUAUCAGUGCGAAGAAUGUGAUGUUGGAUUAUGCGUAAUUGACUGUUUUAAAGCUUAUCAUACUUUAAAGCACUUCUGA